AUGAGACGAGAAGGUCACCAACAUGGUAUAGUCAGGAUUUACCGGAUUCUUCCACCACCGCUUAACUCUAGAAUGGUCAACUCUCCAACCUCUGUAUUAUUGACCAAAAUGACCUCGAAACCGACCAGAGCUCACCGGAGAAUAGGGUCUGGCCAGGUGCAUUGGAUAAGAUCAAACGACAACCCUCAAUCCAGCUACAAACUGCCCACGUGUUGGAUCAUUACCGGACCCAGGUCUGUUUUGAAUCUUAACUGUUUACCGGACCUUAAUGGUACUGGCGAUGAAAAUGAAAGAGAUAAAGGAGUAGCUGAAGUUGAAACGAUGGAAAGAGAGAACGGACAUAACAGCGACAAAGAAGAUGGUGGUUCUCAUGACGAUGAUGAAAGCAUGAGUUUUUACGAUGUGGGGAUGAUGAUGAUGGAACAUGUGUUGGAUAACGAUGACGAAGAAGAUUGUUGGUGUAAGGUGCGAAAAAGAAAGAACGUGGAUCACUUUUUUUUUUGCAUAUUUCAGUGA